GUAGGCGGCGGCGCCAUGGAGCGGCCCGGCAGCGCCGAGGGGGCCUGGGCCGCGCUUCUGGGCCGGCAGCACCCGCAGGCCCGGGAGUUCUGCCCGGGGGUGAACAACCGGCCCUACGUGUGCGAGACCGGGCACUGCUGCGGGGAGAGCGGCUGCUGCACCUACUACUACGAGCUGUGGUGGUUCUGGCUGCUCUGGACCAUCCUGAUCCUGCUGAGCUGCUGCUGCGCGUUCCGGCACCGCCGGGCCAAGCUCCGCCUGCAGCAGCAGCAGCGGCAGCGCGAGAUCAACCUCAUCGCCUACCACGGUGCCUGCCACUACCCCCCCUCCGCGGGGGACCUCCGGCUCUUGGCCUCCUUCAAGCUCCCUGCGUACGAGGAGGUGGCCCAGCGCCCCGGGACGCCGCCGCCGCCCUACAGCCCCGGGAGUCCCUCGCUGUCCCCCGGCUCCUGCGGGGGCUGCAGCUCCUGCUCCUGCGGCUGCUCCUGCGCCUCCUCCCCCAGCAGCUCCUCGCUGUCGGCGCCGGGCACCGACGAAACGGACCCGGAGCCGGGGCCGGGCCAGGGGGGCGGCACCACCGGCGGCUCCAGCAGCACCGGCACCGGUGCCAGCUGGGAGCUGCCCCCACCCGAGGAGCCACCGGCCCGCGGGGGCCCCUCCAAACAUGGCCCCCCGGACUUCCCCGAGGCCGAGGGUGGCCCCUGUUCCUACACCGAGGGGGGUGAGGAGGGGGUGGGCGGCGCGGCCCGGGUGGAGGACGGCCCUGGGCGGCACCGGCGGCUCACGGGGGACUCGGGAAUCGAGGUGGGGCGGGGCCUGGAGGAGGAAGAGGGCGAGGCCGAGGGCUGCGGGGGGCCGGGCGGUGGGGGGAGCUUGGCUAAUCUGCGCUGCCUGUCUGAGGCCCCCCGGGACCCCCUGCUGCAGUCUGGACUCACCACGGAGCCUCCAGGGGUCCCGCACCCCGACUGACCCCCACGGCGACCCCACUCAUGGCGUGGCCCUGCCAGAGCCCCCUCCCCUCCAAACUGCUUCUGGAGCCCUCCCACCCCGGUGCUGCUGCUUGGGGAGCCCCCAUCGCUGGGGAGGGCCCAGGCUGUGGGAGUGGGUGGUCCUGGCGCAUUCUCUCACCAUUAAAGAGAUGUGGAAGUACCGGA